CCAUACAGAGCAUUCUAUGAGGCAUGCACUAUUCUCUUGCUGUACUCCUGGCCCCACGGCAUAACCCGGCGGAGUUAACAGCUAGACAUUUGUAAGCCUGGGGCAGAAACCUGGACACGCCACUCUUAAACAUGAUGCGCCUUACAAAUAUGACUCUAUCUAUCUUAUCCAUAUAAAGCACCAGACUCACACGCUCAAUUACAGCAGUAGAAUCGCCCUUCAAACCGUCUCUCUCAGGCUCGCAUACAUAUAUCAUGGCAUCAUCCACCGCUGCCAUCCUCCCACGACCCCGUCGCGUCAUCGCAUCAAACUUACCCCUGUCCGUAAACGCAGAAGGGAAGAAUGAGCCAGGCGUCGAAGUACGAGCAGAGGUAUUGCCGUCAGAGAGUCUCUUUGGAGGCACGCUGAUCAGGCAUCGCGUUGGCACACAUAGACAAGUGCCUAGUAGCAACGAUGGCUCGGGCGAGCUGCCUCUCGACGAUAUCCCGGGCGCCGGAAUCGCGCUUCCGGGUGGUUUGAAUAUUUACUAUCUGGACAUUGCGCCUCGGACGGUUGGUGUGAUGCACCGCACGACGUCUACGGACUAUGUAAUAGUUCUGAAUGGCACACUCACUCUCACGACGCCCGAUGAGCAAGCGUAUUCUGUCAUAGAUGGGAAGCCGGAUUAUAGCCAGCCUGUGGAAACGUUGUGUAAAGAAGGGGAGGUUAUUGUGCAACGAGGCAUGAUGCAUGCGAUUUCGAAUCACACGGACGAGUGGGUGCGUGCGCUAGGUGUCGUGAUUGGCUCGGAGCCUAAUCGUGUGAGUGGUGAGACGGGAGAGAAAGUUUUGAAUGAUGUAUUUUUGAAUAACUAGCUCAUCUACAUUGGCGAAGAAGGAUAGUUAUAAAGUGAUAGGCUAUGAACGUGUUGCCUGAGAUACCAAGC